GAACUUCUAUAACACUUCAAUGAUUAUCUGUCCAGUUGUAUUUGGCGCGGUCUUCUCCAUAUUUUCCGAGGCCGUCGUGCUCGUACUAACCUGGGGCCGCACUGCGGAUAUUUUUAUCAAACUGAGGAAGCUAAAGAUGAGGAUGGGCAUUGGCGAGCUGCUCUGGAGGGACGGUGCGUAGUCGACACUGCUUCAUCUCUUCAUCGCUCUGAAUCGUUCCUU